CGUUAGAUACAUCACGGCCGCACGGCUUGUUAUCUUUGACUAAAAAAAGACUGGUGGCAAAAACGUCAUUUCAGCUCUGCGCCCUUUUCGUGUUUUGACACUUUUGCCCUCCCAACCCGCCGUACUCUGCAGCUCCUUCCUUCUUCUUUCUACUUUCUUUGCCUCUGCCAUUUUUCCACAAUUUCUCAGAGCAAUUAAUCCCUCACUCUCUCUCUCUCUCUCUCUAGAAUUCCCGUUUUCUUUUGUUUUUACCGUCGCCGGAAAAAAUGGGUUCCCGGACGGCUUCACACCAGCUGAAGAAUGGGCUCUACGUCUCGGGUCGACCCGAGCAGGCCAAGGAGCGGCAGCCGACCAUGGCGUCGCGCGCCGUCCCUUACACCGGCGGCGAUGUCAAGAAAUCCGGCGAGUUGGGGAAAAUGUACGGCAUAGACUCAUCCGGCGGGCACCAUCAGGGACAGUUUGUGUCGAAGCCGCUUUCUCGGGCUCCUUCCUCUUCUCAGCAGCUCAACGGCGGUGCCGCCAGAUCUAGACCGAAUUCCGGCCAGCAGGGCCACAAGUCGAGCACCUCCGGCCCGAUCCCCAAGAAAUCGGCGUCCUUCUCUGGUCCGGCUCCCAUCCAGCCCACUGGACUCAUCACAUCCAACUCCGGCCCGUUGGACUCAAACGGCGCCCGCUCCGUCCAGCCCGAGCUCUUGGCGUCUUUCAACAAGAAGGCCUACAGUUCGGCGGUCACCAGACUGGUCAAGGACGUGAAGCCACGUGGCGCGUUGGGGUUUCUGAACAAACACCCUGAUGCCGAGCUGAGAAGCGCCAUUGAUGGACAGUUGGUCAAGGUCACAGGGGUUGUCACUUGUGGCAGUAUUCCUCUUGAAACAUCCUUCCAAAGGAUAUCAAGAUGUGUAUAUGUUUCCUCAGAACUGUAUGAGUACAGAGGUUGGGGUGGAAAACCCGCGAAUCCCACACACAAAUUCUUCUCAUGGGGCCGAAGGUAUUCCGAGAAAUAUGUGGCUGACUUUUACAUAUCAGACUUCCAGUCUGGAUUAAGGGCUCUGGUGAAGGCAGGGUAUGGAGCCAAGGUCGCUCCUUUCGUCAAACCAUCAAGAGUUGUUGAUGUAACCCAAAGCAACAGAGAGCUAUCUCCGGAUUUCUCGCAGUGGCUUUCUGAUAGGAACCUAUCCAGCGAUGACCGGAUUAUGCGCCUCAAGGAAGGUUACAUCAAGGAAGGCAGCACUGUGAGUGUGGUGGGUGUCGUGAGACGCCACGCGAAUGUGCUAAUGAUUGUUCCACCAAGCGAACCGGUUUCAACAGGUUGUCAAUGGCCUCUGUGUCUUCCCCCAACCAAUGUCGGCGCUCUGAUCUUGUCCUGUGACGAAACCCAGAACUCUGAUGUUAUUCCUGUCUAGAUUUUUAGCCGCAAACUCCAAAUCUGAUCAUUUAAUUGCAGCAUUGCCAAACAUGACUCAUGUGGCCUGAAGAAGGGAGUGAGUGGCCUGAAGAACCUGAUGAUGUAUUGUGUUAAGGUUGAGUUAAAACUCUUGUA